GUGGCGCAUGCGCGGUGCUUCUGUGGUAACUGGGCAGUUUCCACCGGUUUAAGACGACUGCGAGAUCUGGGGUCUCCUUGCUGCGCCCCCUCCGCCCCGCGCCAGAGCAGGCUCGUGGCUUCGGGCCCCGCCGCGUGCGCAACCCUCAGGCGGCCGCGCGCCCCCGUCCCCGCCAGCCGCGCUCCCUCAGGAAAGCCCCCGGCCCGCGUGGGGAAAACUGAGUCCCUCUCUGCAGCCGGACCCUGUGCGCUCCGCCAGAGGACAGCUUUGAGUUCUCUGGGGAUCACACUCAUGUCUCCAGGCUUGUGCGCCGGGGGUCUUUGCUGUCUGAGCCGACUGGCCAGCCCCAGAGCAGGCCUGGAGAGUGCGUGCUGCGUUUUCACCACAGCUGGAAGCUGAAGCAUGGCAACCAACAUGAGUCUCUUUGGAACAACCUCUGGUUUUGGGACUGGUGGGACCAGCAUGUUUGGGAGCACAACCACAGAUAACCAUAACCCAAUGAAGGAUAUUGAAGUAACGUCUUCUCCUGAUGACAGCAUCGGUUGUCUGUCUUUCAGCCCACCAACCUUACCAGGGAACUUCCUUAUUGCAGGAUCGUGGGCUAAUGAUGUUCGCUGCUGGGAAGUGCAAGACAGCGGGCAAACCAUUCCAAAGGCCCAGCAAAUGCAUACCGGGCCAGUGCUUGAUGUCUGCUGGAGUGACGAUGGGAGCAAAGUGUUCACAGCAUCGUGUGACAAGACAGCCAAGAUGUGGGACCUGAACAGCAACCAGGCCAUUCAGAUAGCACAGCACGAUGCUCCUGUUAAGACCAUACAUUGGAUCAAAGCCCCAAACUACAGCUGCGUGAUGACCGGGAGCUGGGAUAAGACCCUGAAGUUUUGGGAUACCCGGUCGUCAAAUCCUAUGAUGGUCCUGCAGCUCCCUGAGCGCUGUUACUGUGCAGAUGUGAUCUAUCCGAUGGCUGUGGUGGCCACUGCAGAAAGGGGCCUGAUUGUGUACCAGUUGGAGAACCAGCCCUCUGAGUUCAGGAGGAUAGAGUCUCCACUGAAGCACCAGCAUCGGUGUGUGGCUAUCUUUAAAGACAAACAGAACAAGCCAACGGGUUUUGCUCUUGGGAGUAUUGAGGGGAGAGUGGCCAUUCACUACAUCAACCCUCCAAAUCCGGCCAAAGAUAACUUCACCUUCAAAUGCCAUCGAUCCAACGGUACCAACACUUCUGCUCCUCAAGACAUCUAUGCAGUGAACGGCAUCGCCUUCCACCCUGUCCAUGGUACCCUGGCCACUGUGGGGUCUGACGGCCGGUUCAGCUUCUGGGACAAAGACGCCAGGACAAAGCUGAAGACCUCAGAGCAGCUGGACCAGCCCGUGGCAGCGUGUGGCUUCAACCACAACGGGAACAUAUUUGCCUAUGCCUCCAGCUACGACUGGUCCAAGGGGCAUGAGUUUUAUAAUCCCCAAAAGAAAAAUUACAUUUUCCUGCGUAAUGCAGCUGAAGAGCUAAAGCCAAGAAAUAAAAAGUAGUGGCCUGAAGCCGGGGCUGUCGGAGCCCCACCUCCUCUGCACCACCUCUGCCCACGCUUGGGCCCUGCCUGUGGUGUCCACCCCUGGAGGGACUGUGUUCUGUCCCGCAUCGGUGCAGCCUCCCGGCAGCUUGCUGUCUCUCCAUUCCACUCCCUGCUGCGGGUUCUCUAAGGGAACUGAGACUCAAUGAAGUCGGAUCUCGAGGGGAUCAUGAGCAGCAGUGUGUACUUGACAGCGUUGGGUAGGAACUGCUGAUGAGCCCUGUGUUGUGUUUUAUAAUAAAAUACUUUGAAGAUGGCCUAACUCCAUCUUCUCCAACUCCUCAGGAAA